CCAAUGGCCCCGGCUGUGGAAACAGUAGCAGAAAACACCAACGGAGGUACCGCCAACGUUAAACAAACACGUCAAUUCAAUCUCGACAUCGCCGAAACUCUUUUACUCAUGUCGGCUAUUGUCUAUGAAAGAGACGAUCUUAAAGUUCAUGAAGCUCACAAACAAAUCCAAAAAUUAGCCUCAGAACGGGACACGAUAACACGUGAUGCUUACGAAGAGAUUGAAAAUAAACUGCGUGAUAGCGAACAAAGAAUUCGUGAACAAGCGGAUAUUUGGGAUCUCGAAUUUACGUCCUUGUCAGAAUUGAAUUCUCUUGGCGGACCUUUCGCCGGAAUGUUCUGGUCUGUCAAGCAUAAUUUUAUUGUGGUGGUGUUCAAAGGAACUACACCGACCAAUUUUGAGGACUUUUUGGUUGAUGCGAUGAUUCAGCGUGUUGAUGCUAGAUCGUAUGUUUUCGGCGAAGUCCACGAAGGUUUCUACACGUCACUUUUCCCAGAAACCGAUCACGUAACUCCACGUGGACACGCUUCUAGUCCAUAUAUAGCUAUCAUAAAAGAAAUUCGUAAGAAAGCUGCCAUAAUUCGAGAAAGAAAUGCUCAGCUUUCACCACCAAUUCAUGCACCCGUAAAUAUUUGGGUCACUGGCCAUUCAUUAGGAGCAGCACUCAGCACAUUAUUCUACUCUCGUUUGUUGAAUUCGCCCGCUGAUCUUGGUCCAAACUGCAUUCUCCGAGAUGGGUAUCUAUUUGGAACACCGGCUAUUGGUGAUGCUGAUUUCGCAGCAGAAUAUGCAGCCAUUAGUAACACUCCAUUCGAUCGGCAAAACACAUUAUGGCGUAUUAUUGAUGAUACUGAUAUUAUCACAAAGCUUCCACCCGGAUUUGAAGAUCCAUCAAUUCGUCGCUUCUCCAACAAAUUCAGUGUUUUGAACUAUGCGCAUGUUGGUGAAGGAAUUAGAUUUUUCCAAGAUGGCAGACCACCCGUGAGUACUUGGAGCUUGUUUGAAGACUCUCGAGCUGCGAUAUUUGUUGAGCGUAAGCCUCGAGGGUACUUUGCGAA